UUACAAAUACACAGCCAUUGCUCUCUUCCUUCUUGUAAAAGAGCAGCAAGACUAAAAUCUAAUCUGUAAUAUAUCUCUUCCUUACUUCUUAAACCCAUGACUUCGAACACAUUGAAACGUACAAACGCAACCCAACAAUUCACAUAGUUCAUCUGAUUGUCAUUUCCCCUGAUUCUGGUUGUCUAAUUAUCCCCAGGCUCUAGCUACUUAAAUUUGGCCGGAUUUUUUAAGCCAAGACGAACAUACGAGCACUCGAGGAGAAUCCUUGAUCGCCCAUUUCAAGCCUCCAUUUCGCUUUUCUUGAUUAUUUAUUCUUUUUGGAUCACAGUUAGUGGCACAAUUCUCUCCAAUAUGGAAAUUUCAUAUUUCUUCAGUAUUUUCCUGGUCUUCGUAUUUCUUUAUUUUCUCUCUAAACAUUUUCUUCUAAUAAAUAAGAACCUGCCACCAAGUCCAGGUCUCUCCUUACCCAUAAUCGGCCAUCUCCACCUCUUCAAGAAACCUCUCCACCGCACCUUUGCAAAUCUUUCAAACAAAUAUGGUCCAAUUCUAUUCCUUAAAUUUGGGUCCCGUCCUGUCCUCCUUAUAUCAUCUCCUGCUGCUGCAGAGGAAUGCUUCACUAAAAAUGAUAUCAUUUUCGCAAACCGUCCCAAACUUCUGGCUGGAAAACACCUCGGAUAUGAUUACACCACUCUUGUUUGGGCCUCCUACGGCGACCACUGGCGCAACUUGAGGCGCAUAGCUUCAAUUGAACUCUUAUCAUCGAAUCGCCUCCAAAUGCUUUACAAUAUACGCGUAGAAGAGGUCAGAUCAUUGGUUUUUAGCCUUUUUAGAGGAUCAAAGAGAGGCGAAUUUGUGGCGGUUGACAUGAAAUCAAUGUUUUUUGAGCUUUCACUUAAUGUCAUGAUGAGGAUGAUUGCUGGAAAACGAUAUUACGGAGAUAAUACGAAGGAAUUAGAUGAAGAAAGGAGAUUUAAAGAAAUUGUAACAGAGACUUUUCAAUUAAGUGGAGCAACUAAUAUUGGAGAUUUUAUACCUGUUUUGAACUGGAUUGGUUUAAACAAGAUCAAAAAAAGGUUAGAAGCACUGCAAAGAAAGAGAGAUAGGUUUAUGCAGGAUUUGAUUGAAGAGCAUAAAAGACAAAGGUGUUUGGAUAAGGAAUGGAAGAGCAAGACAAUGAUUGAUGUGCUCUUAAGGUUGCAAGAAGAUGAACCUGAAUACUAUACCGAUGAAAUAAUCAGAGGCAUGAUGCAAGUUCUGUUAUCAGCUGGAAGUGAUACUUCUGCUGGAACCAUGGAGUGGGCAAUGUCACUUUUGCUCAACAACCCAAACACCCUUAUUAAAGCCAGGGCCGAAAUAGACAAAAAUAUAGGUGAAAGCAAGCUCAUUGAAGAGUCAGACCUUUCCAAGCUUCCUUAUCUCCAUUGCAUCAUUACCGAAACACUUCGAAUGCAGCCUGCUGCCCCAUUGAUACUACCCCACGAGUCAUCAGAGCAAUGCACUGUAGGAGGUUUUUAUGUCCCCCGUGGCACAAUGUUAUUGGUGAACACUUUUGCUAUCCAAAAUGAUCCUAAUUUAUGGGAAGAGCCUAGCAAGUUUGAGCCAGAGAGGUUCGAGGGUCUAAAAGGGAAAAAAGAGGGAUAUGUACUGUUACCAUUUGGGGCAGGGAGGAGAGGGUGUCCUGGAGAGGGCUUGGCCAUGAAGAUGACUGGGUUGGCGUUAGCAACUUUAAUUCAGUGCUUUGAAUGGGAAAGAAUUAGCGAAGAGAUGGUGGACAUGAAAGAAGGGAAUGGACUCACCAUGCCCAAGGCUGAACCCUUGUUUGCUAAAUGUAGGCCUCGCCCAACUUUAUUGGACCUUCUUUCUCACUUCUAGAAAGUAUUUGGUGUCCACAAUUGUAAUUUCAUCUCUGGAAGAUGCAGGGUAAGUCUCUUAUGUUUUUUUUUUUAGCACGGGGAAGGAAGAUUCCAAAGUGCAUCUAUUAUCAAAUCGGUUAUAUAUUUACUAUUAGACUAUUUAUUAGUGUGCAAUACUAUUAUGUUUUAUCUUGUGUUUAUAAUUGUCAAGAAAAAGAUAAAUUUGUUA